ACGGCUGUUAGAGUGCGCAGAGAUAAGGGUAGACUAGCCUUUUUAGUUUGUCUCCCGGCUCUGAAGCAUGUUGCACAGAGUAGCAGAGGGAAAGUGAAGGGGAAAGCAGCAGUCCGCUAGAGACACCUCGUUUAACGUAACGGGCUGCCGUGCUGAAGAUGUGGCCGGAGAGAAACCUCUCACUGGAGUCCAACCAUUCGCUGCUCUGCAGCCUGGCGGGGAGAGAGGGGAACAGCAGCGUCUGGUUAUCUCCCCAGGAUGUGAUGGUCGGGGUGUUGCUCACUGCUAUUGACCUGGUCACCUUCGUGGGCAACACUGUGGUGUUCAUCUGCCCGGCUUUGGAGAAAAGACUCAGGACCGUCACUUAUAUGUUCAUCAUGUCAUUGGCCAUGGCAGAUUUACUCCUUGCUUGUCUUGUUAUGCCCUUCAGUAUUAUUUAUGAAGUAACUGGAGUGUGGAUGUUUGGUAGACAGUUCUGCAAAGUCUGGAUCUCCUUCGAUGUCAUGUUCUGCACGGCGUCCAUCGUCACUCUGUGUUUCAUCAGCUUGGACCGGUACUGCUCAGUCGUCACUCCUUACCACUACCCGAGGAGGAUGUCCCGCAAAAGAUGCAUCAUAAUGGCAGUGACAAUUUGGGUCUACUCAUCACUAAUAUCGUUUCUACCCGUGAUGCAAGGAUGGAACGAGAUACCAGGCGUCAAUUUUGAUGCCGGGACAGAAUGCGUCUUUGUGACCAACUGGGCGUUCGCUAUCGUGGCAUCUGCCUUGGCAUUCUACAUCCCCUUCCUAAUCAUGUGCAGCAUGUACUUCUUCAUCUACCGGGCAUCCCGCCUGAAAUCCAGCCGGAUUAUGGCACAGACUCUGGACCUCCACUACCACCCCAAUAGCAAGCGGCCAAAUAACCUACAGCUGGAAAACAAAGCCACACGGACAAUGAGCAUCAUCAUUUCGGUUUUUGUCAUGUGCUGGCUCCCUUACUUUGUCUUUAAUGUCUGGCUAGCAGUCCAUGGUGCCGAGUCGACCAGCGAUGUUAUCACCCAUGUCUUUAAAGUCAUAACAUGGUUGGGCUACUGCAAUUCCACCAUCAACCCCAUGCUUUACGCCUUCCUCAACCGUGACUUCCAGCGGGCACUAAAGAAGCUGCUCAUCUGCCGGCGCUGGAGGACACAGGUGGACAUUGGUGAGGACAUGGUAUCCAUUGUAACCUUCUCUAAGACAGCCCAGGAUGCUGAGUAUAAUACUAAGGUGACCAACAUUCCCAAUGGAAACAAAAGCAAAUCCAAGCAAUAGUUGAGGUCAGGUGGAGAAGGCUCCUGUGAUGUGUAAACACUGACCUGAACCAGUUAGACCAAAUUUUUUGUUUCUGCACUAUACAUAACAUGGCCUGUCAUUUGCCAUUAGCUUCGAAGAACUUUGUCCAUAGGAUCUCUGUGGCCGUCGGUUUCACCUUUUGCUAUCAUCCUGCCUUCAGCUCAAGAGGAUCUCCAGCAUUCAGCAGCAGCGAUGGCUUCAAGGAGACCAAGCAGCCAAUCGCAUUGAAGAAUUCUCAUAGACAGCAAAACAGGAAAUAAAAACCACAAAAAAUUUUUCAUUUUUAAUAAUUUUAUAGAUGGCAAAAUAGAGAUUGGGCUCAACACAAUGGAUUAAAGUAGAAGCUGAAAAAUCAUAAAUUUCAACACCAAAACAAUCUUUAAAAAUUAAUUUUGUUUAAUUUCUUUUCAUAUUGAAAAUAAUUGAGAUUCCACACAUCUGAAAGUGGUACUAUUAGUGACAGAGAGGUUAUUCAGAAAUAAUUCUGAAUAAAAUAAGCUAUUGGAAAUCCAGUUACUCUUCAUUUAAAGCAGAUGUAUCAGUUCCAAGAGCUUUUACAUUGGGACUAAUAGCGUAAAAGUGGAAGAUUACCUUAAAUCCAGUGCUCAGAACAUUUACAUUUGCAGGGAAUCUAACAGCUGACCCAGCACAGGAACUGGGUCCAAGAGCAACUUUUCAGCUUCCGUCUCCAACUGCAAAUAUAUGAACUCCAAAAGCUGUACCAUCAGUCCGACUACACCAUAUCCUGUUUUCCACUAUUUGAUUGAUAUUACUGUGACCAUUUUACUCCUUGGCAUUUCUCCCUUGUUCCUUGUAAGUUCCAAAUGUCUACACUAUCUACUUCCUUUCUCAUUGUGUUAUAAUGCAAUUAUUUGGUGUGCUUCUUGCUCCACAUUAUUCUCCUAGAUCCUCAGAAGUGUGGGUUCUCUGCUUCCUAAGCCUUUCCAUCUUUCUGCAGGCUAUUAUUCCUGAAACCCCAAAUUGCUGUCACUAUUUCCUGAUUUCAUUCGUAUUCUCUGCUGCUUUGUUGAGUCUUGUGAUGUCCAACACCAUGAACCUAGGCUCCUCCAAUAAAGAUAUCUUAGUGGGAUGUGGGCGUGGAGGGUAGAAAAACAUUCUGAAUAUAUUUACAUACAGUCCGUUGUAAAAUCAAAUUUUAUGACUUCUGGAUAUUACAUGUGAUGGUGUGUUAAAUGUUAGACACUCUCUUAUUAGAAUAGUGAUGCCAUGGACUAAAGUACAAUUCACAUAAGACUCUAAGCAGCUUGGCAACAUGAUGUGAAAAUAAUAUUGUGUUAGCUCCUCGUGCUGUUAUGCAUUACUGUCUGACAAGAGUUAUCUGACAAUGGGAGUCAAAUAACCAGAGGGAGAUUGUAUAAAAGAAGAUAGACUGGGAAGUCCCAUGUCCCUCUGCCCACUUCCACUUUGCUCUAUCUCUCACAUUCUGCAAUUCUUUCCACGGGCAACUGUCCAUCCAAUUCUCUGUUGAAUCUGCUGAUGUUAUCUGCCUAACGUGUUCCCAGGUAGUUUUGUCUGCUUGAUCACCAUUCUUCUCAGUAAACCUAGAAAGUUUGUUCAUCUUCCCUCAUCAGAGUGGUGCUUGCUGUAGGGUUUAAUUUUCAGGUUGACAUAAGAAUGCCAUAGCGUGCUGUCUUAUUGUGGUAACAGGUAAGUUCAGUGUAGAAGUAAGCCAUAUAGAACAGAUAGAAAAGGAUCAUGUUGAAUCACUAGCCAGUGAUGAUCUUGUCUGAUUGCAAACAAAUACAGCUAGUGGGUUGGAAAUCUUUACCCAAUGACAAGACAAACCAUAGCAGUAGAUUGUGUCAUCUGCCUUCAAGAUGUUGAUGUGUACAAAGGUUUCAUUUAUCUACACUGAAUACAUCAAAAUGUGACUUUUAAUAGAGAUUUUCCCUUCUAUAUUCACCUAGAUUAGCGUAACAGGCUCAGUUUAUAUAAACUUUAGCUGGGACAGUCUUGGUAUAAAGACAAUCACAUUUAUGGUCGGUCUACCUCCCCAUGAGAGACCUGUAGCAGCACAACAGAAGAGUCCUGAGAGUCUAAACUUCAUUCAACACCUGUCCCUCUCUAUUACUGCAGUCUGAGGGAUAGAUGCAGAUAUCAGACCCAUUUCUUCCAAGCACUUUUUCUUCAUUCCCUCCCCACCCAGGGCUAGGCAGAUGACAAGGUAUCCUUUGUGCCAGUAAUCCUUUAUCUUCCUUUAUUUAAAUGGCUAGAGCAUCGCUAAUGCCUCAAGUAGACAGCUUUUGUUGUUUCGAAUCUGUUUUCUUGGUCACUGUACGUGUUCCCUGUUGAGACCUCUGCACCAUGCAGCUCCCUCCCUCAUGUUUAUGAAAGUAGCAGUGAAAUUCUUGUUUUGUUGCAGUGUAAAAGUGAUGUUUCUGGUUUAACUGUAUGUUAAUCUGUCAGAUUAAAUAAAUAUAUUUUGCACAAAUAAUAAUAAUUACAUUACCUUUUAUGAUCACUCCAUUGGAGGUUCAUUUCUGUCAGUUUGUAUCUGUUAUUCAUUUAGGUUACUCAUGCUUUAAGGUCAAGGGUUAAUCUCAUGAUGAUUAAUUUCCAAUGAACCAGUGUAGUAUUGUGUCCUAGUCAUUCCAUCAGAUAGCCAGUUAAAUGUACAUCUGGUGGAGUACAUGUGACUGACACCCAAUCUGGUUCAGAACUAUGUGAGGAAUAAAAGGACGACGAGGUUAGGAAUAGAGCCAGUCAAAGACUUAAGUGGGAAGCUGUGUGUGGACCCUGUGGAGAUCGGAGAGGUGCUAAACAAAUAUUUCUCAUCUGUUUUUGCUCAGGAAAAGAGAAUAUUUUAGAGGCGAAGAAUGAGAAAUGGGAUAUUAGACUAGAAAGGAUGGAGGUUAGUAAGGAAGAGGUGUCAUAAAUUCUAGAAGGAGUGAAAGUAGACA